CUCCCGCCCCCCGCCGGCGGAUCCGGAAGUGGGGGUCGGCCGCCGCGCGCCGCCCUCCGCGGGCCUCCGGGCACGAUGCUUCGCGGCGCGUGCAGCCGCCCGCGCGCCUCGGUGGCACCCGCCGCGGUCCUGGCUGGGGCGCUGCUCUCGUCGUUCGCGCGCUGCUCUCUCCCGGGCCGCGGCGACCCGGUGGCCUCGGCGCUCAGCCCCUACUUCGGCACGAAGACUCGCUACGAAGAUGUCAACCCCUGGGUGCUGCUCGACCCGGUGGCGCCGCGGCGGGACCCGGGGCUGCUGCCGGGGACCUGCACCCCGGUGCAGCUGGUCGCCCUCAUCCGCCACGGCACCCGCUACCCCACGACCAAGCAGAUCCGCAAGCUGAGGCAGAUGCAGGGGCUGCUGGAGACCCGCGGGGACGGCGGGAGCCGAGUGGCCGCCGCGCUGGCCGAGCGGACGCUGUGGUACCAGGACUGGAUGGACGGGCAGCUGGUGGAGAAGGGGCGGCAGGACAUGCGACAGCUGGCACUGCGCCUGGCCGCCCUCUUCCCAGACCUCUUCAGCCGGGAGAACUUCGGCCGCCUGCGGCUGGUCACCAGCUCCAAGCACCGCUGUGUGGACAGCAGCGCCGCCUUCCUCGAAGCGCUGUGGCAGCGCUACCACCCCGGAGUGCCGCCGCCGGACGUCUCAGAUAUGGAGUGUGACCCUCCAAGAAUUAAUGAUAAACUAAUGAGGUUCUUUGAUCAUUGUGAGAAGUUUUUAACUGAUGUGGAAAGAAAUGCUACAGCUCUUUAUCAUGUGGAAGCCUUCAAAACUGGACCUGAAAUGCAGAAGAUUUUAAAGAAAGUUGCAGCUACUUUGCAAGUACCAGUAAACAAGUUAAAUGCAGACUUACUUCAGGUAGCCUUCUUCACCUGUUCCUUUGACUUGGCGAUUAAGGGCAUGCAUUCUCCCUGGUGUGAUGUGUUUGACAUAGAAGAUGCAAAGGUACUGGAAUACUUAAACGAUCUGAAACAGUAUUGGAAACGAAGUUAUGGCUAUACCAUUAACAGUCGGUCCAGCUGCAGCCUGUUUCAGGAUAUCUUCCUACACCUGGACAAAGCAGUUGAGCAGAAGCAAAGGUCUCAGCCAGUCUCUUCUCCAGUCAUACUCCAGUUUGGUCAUGCAGAGACCCUCCUGCCACUGCUGUCUCUCAUGGGCUACUUCAAAGACAAGGAGCCUCUGACAGCGUUCAAUUUUGAGGAGCAAGGCCACCGCCAGUUCCGGAGUGGUCACAUCGUGCCGUAUGCCGCAAACCUCAUAUUCGUGCUAUACCACUGUGAAGACGCAAAGACCCCUAGGGAAGAGUUCCAGGUGCAGGUGCUGCUGAAUGAGAAGGUGUUACCCCUGGCCUACUCACAAGAACCUGCUGCUCUGUAUGAGGAUCUGAAGCACCACUACAGGGACAUUCUUCAGAGCUGUCAGACCAGCAAGGAGUGUGACCUACCCAAGGUGAACAUCACAUCCGAUGAGCUCUGAGGGGCUGGGACAGCAGUCCUCAACGGUGACUGUGUUUGCAGUAGGUAACCACCCAAGACACAGCUGCAGGAGGAGCUCUGGGAGUUCCAGGCCAGCCUGUCUACAUAGUGAGGUCUGGGCUAGCCAGCGCUACACAGAGAAAUAAAGCUUUCAGAUUGCUAGGUCCUUCUGUCUUUUCGAAGACAAUAAUAGUUUGUCUUAGAAUCUGGACGUACGGGUAAGCAUAACUCUCCCUGGAGCAGCUGUCUUCAGAACAAAAACCAACUCAAGAGAAUCUCUGCCCCUGCAAGUGUUUGCAGAGCUGAAACUUUUCUAACCACCUAAGAAACUGCAGCGGUAGAACUUCAAAAGUGACCCUUCACAAAUACUGGAUACCAAAGCACAGUGGCAGCCACUGAUCUGUAACUGACUAAGUUGGGGAUAUGAGUGAUCAUGUUGAUUUCUUUCCUUCUGCUUCAGGCAGGGCUAGCAUAACUGAUAGCAUCAGUCCUAAAGGUGGCAAAGCGGCUUCAGAAGAAAGUCUGAUAUAAUGCCCAUCUAGAGGGGAAUUUGACACGGUAUCAAGAAUCAGGCCAAAGCAAGACUGAAAGUGUGGGAUAUUUUUGUUAAUAUUAUUUAUAAAAAUAUGUAAACACUUUGUCAAUAAUUUUUUUAACUUCCAAGUAGGCCUUUCAGGGUCAUCUUAAUCUUAUCGGAUUUGUUUGAGGUGAGAAAUACUGGAAGGCACAACCGGGCCAGCAGAUGCUCAUGUUUCUUACGACUAUUGGCUGGUUGUCUUUUUCAUUCCAUCAUGGCUUCCCUUUUAGAUCUUGCUGUUCCCUAAAAUGCAUCUUUUGGUGGUUUGAAUUUUUUUUUUUUUUUAAUUAAGACUAUCUAUUCUGGCUAAUUUAAUUGUAGAGAUUCAAACCUGUUGCAGAGAAAUUCUGAGCUCUCUCAAAUACCAUGAAAGUGUUUGCUACAUACAAUAAAUAAAGUCUUGUGACUUUACUACCAUGUCA